AGUAAACAAACCGGUGCAACUCAGCCUGGAGAGCUACGUCGACGAGUGCUUUGUCAACUUCGUGAUGGGCAAACCACAAAAAAAUCCUGCUACCACGGCCACACCAACUUCUAAACGCACUCGUUCCGAGUGCUCAACAAGCACAUCCACAUUAUCCCCAGAGAAAAGCUUCACUGAUGUCCUGGACUCCAUCGACAAGAAGCUAACUAGCCUAGAUGCCCGACUUGCCUUGGUGGAGGUUCUACACAAGGAAUUCCAACAGCUGAGGGUGUCGUUGGAGUUUAGCCAAGAGCAGGUGGCGUCGCUUGCUGUCGAGAACCAAACGCUGAGGGAUACCGUGAAACAACUCACCGAUGGGAUGACACAGCUGACCGGGGAAAACAAGAAAAUGAGGGAGACCAUUCUGGACAUCCAGGCUCGGAGCAUGCGGGACAACCUCGUCUUCUCCGGGAUCCCAGAGCAAGCAGAGGAGGAUGCCGAAGCCUCGGUUCGCGAAUUCCUCCAGCAUCAGCUGAAACUCCUGAGUGAAGCGGUAAAAAAUAUAACUUUCCAUCGUGUUCACCGGCUCGGAGGAACCCCUUUGCGAUACGUUUUCAACCUGCAGGACAGUCUGAUAGACUCCAAUAAGUCCCUUAACCUCGGAAUUAGACUCCAUGGGACUGCAGCCAAAUGUGCUCUGCGGGUGCUGUCACAGUGGUGA